AUGCUCACUCGAAAAGCCUCUACUUCCUCUGCUUGUCAUUUCAAUUCAUCAUCAUCCACUUCCAAUUACAAUCAACUCUCUCCACAACAACAACAAGUCAUUUCACAACUCUUUUCUCGAAUUGAUUUAAACAAGAAUGGAGUCAUUGAAAAGGAAGAAUUAAAACGAGUGAUGGAAGUCAUGUUACAACAAGAUCCUUCACUUGCAGAGAAAUUGGGAAUGAAUACAAAGGCAGAGAAUGCUUUGGAUUUGUUGUUUGAUCAGUUGGAUGUGAAUGGAGAUGAUGUGUUGAGUUUUAGAGAAUUUGCGGAACCUUUUGCUAAAAUGUUUUUGGGAACACAAAAUGAUGGAGAGAAGCAUGCCACGGAUGCUACGACUCAACAAGAGUUGUAG